AUGUUUCAGGAGUUGCGUCGAGUGAACUAUGACUCAAGCUAUGCAUAUCUUUCGGUGAGCAAUGGCGAAGAGGAACAGAAAUUCUGCGUAAAUUAUGAGCAGUGGAGAACGCGACCGAUUGCUGUUGACUCAGCAAAUGCCGAAGUGCUGCGGCUUGGUUGGUGGGGUGGAAAAAUCAACAACACGAACGUGUGCAAUAGGAAUCUAUCAUUGCAAUAUACAGAACAAGUUGUUGCGCUGAAUUAUCGUCUCUCGCUCGAGGAUGGCCCAUGUGCACUCCCGUUUGUUACCACUAAUACGAGUUUCAAGGGAGCCAUACAGUACGAGGUGAAUAGUUUGACUUCACAGAAUGCUAGCGCUGCAAUUUUACUUGUUGAAAGAGGCCGGAGAUACAUCAGUAGAUGGGGCGAUUACUUGUUUUCGGAAUUUUAUGACCCCGACUUGAACCAGUCGACGCAGCUGCCAACAUUUUUCAUGUACAAAAGCGUAUUUUUUAAUGAAUUAUUGAAGUUAAGCCAAAAUAGCGCCGGAAGCGAUUUAUUGCUGCGAUUUUAUCGACCGCCAAGUUCGCUGUGGGAUAUAUCAAUGGCAAUUGUAUGGAUGAUAGCAAUGUUCUGUGUGGCCGUUGGUGGGUACUGGGCUGGCCUUCGCAAAUUGUAA